GACACAUUGUCUGUCUUUGAAAUCUCUUCCUUGUCGCUUUCACCUGUCAACCUUCGCUUUCUGCAGUGGCACGGGCCACCAUCGUACUAGAGUUAUUUUGGCGCUAUCUUUAUGCAUUGAUUAUUCCGAUUUUGAAUUUCAGCAACUCCACAAUCCAACUGUCAGCGCAAUUUUUUUGGCGGAUUUCGAUAGUAAAUUACUGCGUCAAGGGAUCUUUCUUAAUACCACACACGCCCGGAUUUUGCAUUGAAUUCCUUCAAUCUUCUUCAAGACCUGCCAAGCCGAAUCUCCACCAUGGCGUCCAACGGUGCUACUGAGGAAAUCGACCUCUAUGAAAUCCUAGGAGUCUCCAAGUCGUCCUCGAAGAACGAGAUUAAGAAGGCAUAUCACAAGGCAGCGUUACAACAUCACCCCGACAAAGUCCCUGAAGACCAACGAGAAGAAUCCGAGCACAAAUUCAAGGAAGUUAGCAAAGCAUACGAAAUCCUCUUCGAUGAAGAAAAGAGAGGUCUCUACGACACCCAUGGCAUGGCUGCCUUUGACCCAAGCAAAGGCGGACCAGGCAUGGGUGGUGGGGUAGAUCUGGAUGAUAUUCUGGCGCAAAUGUUUGGUAUGGGAGGAGGUAUGCCACCAGGAUUUGGCGGAGCAGGAGGACCACAACGACCACGGAGAGGACGUGACGAAGAACAGACAUACCAAGUCACUCUCGAAGAUCUCUACAAAGGCAAAACCGUCAAGUUUGCAAGCACCAAAAAUGUCAUUUGCAGCCAUUGCAAAGGCUCAGGAGGGAAGGAGAAGGCAAAGCCACAGACUUGCGAACGAUGCAAGGGUAAUGGUGUCACAGUGGGAUUACGGUCGGUUGGCCCCGGAAUGGUCACUCAGGAGCGUAUGAUCUGCGAUACCUGCACUGGUACUGGCAAGAUCUUCAAGGAGAAGGACAAGUGCAAGAAGUGUAAGGGGAAACGAACAACAUCCGAAAAGAAGGUCCUUGAGAUCUAUAUUCCAAGAGGUGGCCGAGAGGGUGAACGAAUAGUCCUUGAGGGUGAAGCCGACCAAGUACCGGAUCAGACGCCUGGAGACAUUGUUUUCACACUUGUGGAGGAGGAUCAUGAGACAUUCCAAAGAGCUGGAGACGACCUCUCGGCAGAGCUGAAUAUCACUCUUGUAGAAGCCCUGACAGGUUUUUCGAGAGUUGUCUUAAAGCAUCUAGAUGGACGUGGUAUCCAUAUCGAUCAUCCCCAAGGCAAAGUAUUAGAGCCUGGACAGGUGCUUAGGGUGGAGGGUGAGGGUAUGCCGCUUAAAAAGAGUGACCAGAAGGGAGAUCUCUUCUUGAUCGUCAAGAUUGAUUUCCCGGAGAGCAAUUGGACUGCGGAUCCAGCUGUCUUUGAAAAAUUGAAGGAGAUCUUACCUAAGCCUGAGCCUCCGAUUGAAGCUACCGAGGUAGACGAGGUAGAAUACGACUCAGAAGCUGAUAUCGAAGAUUUCGGCGCCAAUUCAGGAGAUCCUCGAGCCGGUGGUGGAUGGGAGGAUGAAGAUGACGAGGAAGGAGGGCCCGCACAAUGUGCACAACAGUAGAGGACAUAUUUUUCAUGUGUUCAUAGACAAAUCACGUUCGUCACGCAGCGAUUGAGUUAUGGUUUUCAUGCAUGCAUAUAGACCGAAAUAUAGGUGGUCUUGGUAUGCUUAUGGGUAGAACUCAACUCUGGUUGAGGGGAUUAUCAAAUGAAAUAAUACUCUACCUUCAUCCUGCG